AUGAGUUUGCAAAUGGAGCAACUCCACGAUGCCAUGAAUUACUGAGAUGUGCCUCGCCGCGGCUGCUUCAAUUUCUGGAGCUGUUAUUGCCGUUGCAUGCACUUCGGGUCAACGCGAAAACUCCAGAGCUGGCAAAGGAAAGUCUGGAAGAUCGAAACGCUCCAAGCGUGAUAAGAAAAACCAGAACUCGAAGAGACAGAAGAAGGCUCCAGCUGGUGGAGCUAAAGUAAACAAUUUUGAGAGAAUCCAAAGAAAACAUAAUAAUUAUUUUCGGCCGCCAACUCCUGCUUCUCAAUCAGCUCCUGCCAAGGGUGGUGCCGGUGCUGCAAAGUCUGCGACCUCGAAAGAAGGAUCUCAGAGAAUCAAAAAGUCGAAGGAACCUUCGGAGCGAGAGAAAGCACCAAAAGAGGACAAGAACGAGGGAUCUUCGAGAGCCAAAAAGGCUUCAAAGGAGAACCAGGAUGCUGAUAAGAAGCCUGAGGAAGAAGGAAAGACUCCGCCACCAGCCAACCGUGAUGAUGAAACUAAGGCGCCAGCUCCAGUCGAACCAUCACCAAAGCCUGAGGAAGAGGUCAAACCGGCAACCCCACCACCAACUACUACUCCGCCUGCACAACCAGACAACCAAGAAAACAUGGGAUCCGUGUACCUCGACAAUGGAAAGAAUUCGUAUGAUAACCAGAAGGCAAGCAACCCUACUGGUGGUAACAACAAUUCCGCUUAUCAAUGA